CAAAAUCGUCCAUCUCGAGUCAUCUACCACAACCUCAUAUUGAGUCGGAUCAUCUCCAUAUUGCAUCGCUAGGGUCCUCUGGCUUUGCGCUUUUCAUGGGCCCUUGAUUAUCUCGCAAGUCGCGCUGUACUGGCCGCUCCAGGCGCGACUCUCAAGAUGCCUGACAUCGACCCUGCGGCUUUGAGCCGUCCCUCUGGCAUCUCGACCACACCUAUUUUACCUCCAAAAACUAUCGGCGCAUCGGCGCAAAGUGUGCCCAAAGUGUCCAAGAGCAACCAUGUACCCGCGCGGAUUGAUCUCGAGCCAUUGUACACGGCGCUCAAGCUGGCGAUUGGCGAGCAUUGGGGAACAUAUAAAGAGUCUAUCAGCCUUUUUGUGAUGGGCCAGCUGAACCAAGCCGAGUUAUCAGCACGGAUCGACAGUUUCCUAGUUACACCCAGCGGCGAAAUAGAGCAUCUUCAUAAUCAACUUAUUGCGGCAAUAUAUGGAAAUGUCACCCGAGAAAUGCCAGAUCAAGGCGUGGCCAGCUGGGUCAGUGCAAAUGAUAAGCCUACAACAGGGGCUGGGAGCAAACCAGUUAGUGGAGAUGCGGCGGAACAAAGAUUAAAAACGGAGGUCAUGCAAUUACCAAGUCGAGAUCGAAGGCGGCUGAAAGAUCUAAGCCAAAACGAUUUCGACCCAUUCAUUGCAUUACAAGAUCUGUUUGGAGAUAUGCGACGGCAGAAGCCUUCAAGAGCUCCAGAAGCUGUAACCCCGGGCGCUGGGGGGUUAAGCAAGACAAACUGGGACAUUGAGAUUCGUAAAAGAUACGCCCACCCAUUGGCCUUAGAGUCAGGGGAGUUUCCAGACCCAUCUACUAUUGAAACUCGGAUGCUUCCCAUUUGCUACGAGACUGGGCUUGUCUCCGGACAUGCGCAAGAUGCAGCUUAUUUCAUGUCUGUAGCUACGGAAACAUUCAUAAAAGAAGUUCUUUCUUCUAUUUUCAGCAAAACGCGUAGUAAUGGCCCAGGAACCACUGGAAGCGCUGGAACUGGAGGAGGUUCGACUUGGAUUCAGUCCCAUAAGUAUCGAACUCAAUUAGAGAAAGAGGAGGAGGCUUUCCUACGAGGUGAAGUAGUAAGAGACAAGAAUGGACUACUUCCCACGGAAGCCAAAGCUGCCAGCGAACGGGGACCCCUCGGGAUGGCCGAUGUUAGGACUGCACUCGAACUGGGCGACUGUGGCCUCGGCCAGAUGCCGGUGGUGAUGCGGCAAAUUUUGUUUGGAUACCGUGAGGGUGAGCUGGAGGCGUGGGACGACUUCUCUUGGCCUGAGGGUUAUGAUGGCGGUAGAAUCCUCGGCGAGGAUAUUGAUGGAGAUCUAGAGAUGGCAGGUGUCAAUGGUUCCAAUGGGGUCAAUGGAGUCAAUGGACACUACGAUUUGCCUGGAGAGGUCGAUGACUUUGGCUGGGAAGGAGGCGAACCUGAAAGCAGGGCUGCCCUCGAUAAUCUGCUGGAUUCCUGUCUGGCAUGAGGCAGGAUUUUGUUAUGUUGGCUAGCACGGAUGGCGUUGCACUGGAGGGGCUUGUUUUGGUUUCGACGGAGCGUUGCAUGGCAUGGAAGGCGUCUGCGGUAUUGAACAUACGUUUUACUCAUUGUAUAAAGCCGGACUAAAAAGAGGGUAUGGAGGAAGGAGGCGUCUUCUGGAUGGCAGGAAUUAUGUACGCAGACGGCACGAUACCCUGGAUUUGUUGGUAGAAGCCAAUGGUUCAAAUGGCAGUAGCAGUACAUAAGAUUCAAUUGGC